CCUCCUUCAGUCGGACAGAGAGCCUCUGAGCGCGCGCCCACACGCACCAAUCCCCAGCGCCUAAGUUGAAAGAUGUGCGCACCUUAGCGGCGUGUUUGGCGCCAACGGCGGAUUCUAAGUGCACGUGUUGUCACUCUUUGAUUGACCAUCGCGGGAGACAAGCGCACGGGAGCAGGCGCGAGCAUGUGAAAGAAGUUUGUCAGCAGAAUAAAAAAGAAGAUAAAGAAAUGGAUUCGUGGGAUCGCGUGCUGCUUUUGCGCACACUUUUCUUCUACUUGGCGCGUUUGGGAUUUACUGGCGCUCAAUUCUUCCCAGGCGGCUGUAACUUUGAGGACUCGUACAACAGUUGUGGCUACAGCGUCUCUCUGGGAACCAAUGGCUUCACCUGGGAACAAGUGAGCUCAUGGGACAAGCCCACUUUGGACCAUGCCAUGCAUCCAGGCGUGGCUACAGGCGGCUUCAUGGCGGUGAACGCGUCGGGCCGGGCAUCAGGUCAGCGGGCGCACCUGUACAUGCCCAAACUGAAGGAGAACGACACCCACUGCAUCGACUUCCUCUACUCGCUCUCCAGUCGGGAUGGAGCCAGCCCGGGCACGCUCAAUAUCUACAUCAAGGUGAACGGCGGCGCUCAGAGCAACCCGGUGUGGAACGUUUCGGACACCGUUACUGAUGGUUGGGUGAAGGCUGAGCUCGCCAUCUCCACCUUCUGGCCCAAUUCCUACCAGGUAAUAUUUGAAGCAGUUUCGGUCCAGGGACAUCCGGGUGUCAUUGCUGUUGACGACAUUCGAGUUCUGGCUCAUCCAUGCCGGAAGGCGCCUCAUUUCCUGCGUCUCCAGAAUGUGGAGGUGAACGUGGGCCAGAACGCCUCCUUCCAGUGUACGGCCGGAGGAAAGUGGUCUCAGCACGAUAAGCUGUGGCUCCAGCAGUGGAACGGGAAGGACACGGCGCUCAUGGUCACCAGGGUGGUCAACCACCGACGCUUCUCGUCCACCGUCAGUGUGGGCGACACGUCGCAACGCAGCACCAGCCGCUACCGCUGCGUCAUCCGGACAGAAGGCGGCUCGGGAGUGUCCAACUACGCCGACCUCAUUGUCAAAGCUCCGCCCACUCCCAUCGCCCCACCUGAGCUCCUGGCGGUGGGCGCCACCUACCUGUGGAUCAAACCCAACGCUAACAGCAUCAUCGGCGAUGGGCCCAUCAUCCUGAAAGAGGUGGAGUACCGCACCACCUCCGGAAACUGGGCCGAGACCCACGUGGUGGACGCCCCCACAUACAAGCUGUGGCACCUGGACCCCGAUGUGGAAUACGAGAUCAAGGUCUUGCUGUCCAGACCCGGAGAGGGAGGGACGGGUCCCCCAGGACCACCGCUGGUCACCAGGACCAAAUGUGCAGAUCCAGUCCACGGUCCCCAGAACGUCAACGUGGUGGAUGUCCGCGCUCGUCUGUUGACAAUCCAGUGGGAGACGUUUGGCUACGCCGUCACACGCUGUCACAGCUACAAUCUGACGGUGCAGUACCAGUACGUCUUCAACCAACAGGAGUUUGCGGCCGAGGAGCUCAUCCAGACGUCGUCCCGCUACACCCUAAGGGACCUCAGGCCCUUCGUCACGGUGCGACUGAGGCUGGUUCUGGCCAACCCCGAGGGCAGCAAGGAGAGUGAGGAGAUCGUCAAGCAAACGGAGGAGGAUGUGCCUGGCUCAGUGCCCAUGGAGUCCCUGCAGAACACGCCCUACGAGGAAAAGAUCUUCCUCCAGUGGAAGGCUCCCAAUGAGACCAACGGAAUCAUCACGCAGUACGAGAUCACCUACAAGGGCCUGAGCUCUCUGGACCCAAGCGCUGAUUUAACCACCCAGUGGGGAAAGGUGACCAAGCCCACCAACGAAACACACCACCUGUUCGUAGCCCUCUACCCGGGCACCACCUACUUCUUCACGCUCAAAGCCUCCACCAGCAAAGGCUCCGGCCCCCCCGUCACCACCCGCAUCACCACCAAGAUAGCAGCCCCCACGAUGCCCGAAUAUGAGUCUGACGCGCCGUUGAACGAGACCGAGUCGACCAUCACCAUCCUGCUCAAACCCGCCAAGUCCCGUGGAGCGCCCAUCAGCUCCUACCAGCUGGUCGUGAAAGAAGAGCGCAAGUCCAAGGCCCGCCGCGCCGCCUCCGAGGCCCCAGAGUGCUUCGCCGCCCCCUUCAGCGUCCGCAACGCCUCCGUGCUGAACUCACCAUACUACAUGGCGGCCGAGCUGCCGCCGUCUAGCCUGACCAUGGUGCAGCCCUUCACAGUGGGAGACAACAAGAGCUACGGCGGCUUCUGGAACCCCCCGCUGUCCCCCGCCAAGAGCUACAGCAUCUACUUCCAGGCCGUGAGCAGAGCCAGCGGGGAAACCAAGAUCAACUGCGUGCGUCUGGCGAACAAAGUGGUGAUAGGUAGGGGACAAAUAACCACGCCGUACAUUCUAGUCAUCCCAAGCGAAGGCGCGUCCACGCAGGACUCGGACGCCAUCGAGCCUGAGAAGCCCGUUGACGGCACGGUCAAGCUAGCCGGUGUGAUCACCGGCAUCCUCAUGUUCAUCAUUAUCCUUCUGGGUGUGGUCCUCACCUUCAAGCGCAGAGAGAUUCACACAUGGAGAACUCUGAGCGUGGGGAAGUUGGCCAAGAAGCACAAGGAGACGGCCAGCAGCUCCACCCAGCAGAGAGAGAUGGGGCCCGUCACCACGGCGGAUAAGAGCACCACCAAAGUCAGCACGCUGCACAAAGACGACCCCUUCUCCACCUCCAGCCAGGACCUCAACGGCUUCACCUCUCCCUCCUCCUGCUCCUUCUCCAUGCAGGGAAGCAAGACGCUGCAGAGCAAAUCCCUGCUCAAUUCCUACUACUCAGUGUCCAAAGAGCCCGUCCCUGCCACCACGUCCCUGGACAGCAGCCAGCCGUCGCUCGCCCAGCCCUCGCUGACGCUGCAGAGCUUCCCGUACGGCGGACGCGAGUCCGUGGAGCUCGCCUACCAGAGCGGUCAGUUCCAGGCGGGUCAGUUUCAACCUGCCAUCCGAGUGGCAGACCUCCUCCAACACAUCACUCAGAUGAAAUGUGGUCAAGGAUACGGCUUCAAGGAGGAGUACGAGGCCCUGGCGGAGGGACAGACGGCACCCUGGGAAAGCGCCAAGAAGGACGAGAACCGCAACAAGAAUCGCUACGGCAACAUCAUCGCUUACCCCACAGACGACCACACUAGGGUGCGACUGCAGCUGCUCGACGGAGAGCCCCACUCGGACUAUAUCAACGCCAACUUUAUUGAUGGGUACCACAGACCCAGACAUUACAUUGCCACGCAAGGGCCUAUGCAGGAGACAGUGAGGGAUUUCUGGAGGAUGGUGUGGCAGGAGAACUCAGCCUCCAUCGUCAUGGUGACCAACCUAGUGGAGGUGGGCAGGGUGAAGUGUGUGCGUUACUGGCCCGACGAGACUGAGGUUUAUGGCGACAUCAAGGUCACCUUGGUAGAGACGGAGCCGCUGGCCGAGUACGUCAUUCGCACCUUCACCGUUCAAAAGAAGGGUCACCAUGAACUACGAGAACUGCGACAGUUCCACUUCACCAGCUGGCCCGACCAUGGCGUUCCCUGCUACGCCACCGGACUGCUGGGGUUCAUACGUCAGGUCAAGUUCCUCAACCCGCCGGACGCCGGGCCCAUUGUGGCGCACUGCAGUGCUGGUGCAGGACGGACAGGCUGCUUCAUUGCCGUGGACAUCAUGCUGGACAUGGCGGAGAACGAAGGCGUGGUGGACAUUUUCAACUGCAUCCGCGAGCUGCGGUCCCAGCGGGUGAACAUGGUGCAGACAGAGGAACAGUACGUGUUCGUCCACGACGCCAUCUUGGAGGCGUGCCUGUGCGGCAACACGGCCAUCCCCGUGUGUGAUUUCCGAGCCAUCUACUACAAUAUCAACAGACUGGAUCCUCAGACCAACUCCAGCCAGAUCAAAGACGAGUUCCAGACCCUAAAUAUAGUGACCCCCAGAGUGCGGCCAGAGGACUGCAGUGUAGGUUUGCUACCCAGGAACCACGACAAGAACCGCAGCAUGGAUGUUCUCUCGGCGGACCGCUGCCUGCCUUUCCUCAUCUCUGUGGACGGCGAGAGCUCCAACUACAUCAACGCAGCUUUGAUGGACAGCCACAAACAGCCGGCGGCCUUCAUCGUUACCCAGCAUCCUUUGCCAAACACCAUGGGCGACUUCUGGAGGCUGGUGUUUGACUACAACUGCUCGUCCAUCGUCAUGCUCAACGAGAUGGACGCCGCACAGUUAUGUAUGCAGUACUGGCCGGAGAAAAGCUCCUGCUGCUACGGACCCAUUCAGGUGGAAUUCAUCUCAGCAGACAUCGAUGAUGACAUCAUCAAUCGCAUCUUCAGGAUCUGCAACAUGGCCAGGCCACAAGACGGCUAUCGCCUGGUGCAGCACUUCCAGUUCAUCGGUUGGCCGGCCUACAGGGACACGCCCCUCUCCAAGCGCUCCAUCCUGCAGCUGGUCAGGCGGCUGGCCAAGUGGCAAGAGCAGUACGACGGCGGAGACGGGAGGACCGUCGUGCACUGCCUCACGGGCGGCGGGCGUUCGGGAACCUUCUGUGCCAUCUGCAGCAUCAACGAGAUGAUCCAGCAGCAGAACAUCGUGGACGUGUUCCACACCGUCAAAACCCUGAGGAACAACAAGACCAACAUGGUGGAGACCAUGGAACAAUACAAGUUCUGCUAUGAGGUGGCUCUGGAGGCCCUCAGCUCCUUCUGAUUGGAGCGUCGCUGAUGUGCCAUCAAGGCAACAUGCGGACGCACAACAAAACACAAAACAAAGCUUUGCGUUGACGGACGCCAACCUGUCAGGAUGCGUGCGUCUGCGUUGGCUUCCGUCACGUUGAAGGACGUGUACAAAGGAAGAAAAGAAGAUGAGACGUUCAUGAAAGCUUUUUCGGCUUUGUGUGGCUGCAGGCUGUCAUGUGAUUAUUGUACAGUCUUUGACUUUUUAGAUUAUUCUACGCCUUGAAUGUUGUCUCCCUCGACAUGCUGGAUGCACACCUGCACACACAUGUGGCCUUGACUCCGCCCCCUGCCCGCAUUUCAAAGGACUUGUAGGGCGGAGUCACGUGCAACAGCAGCAAACCCCGCCUCUUUAAACCUGAGCAUCCUUGUGGGUCAGGAGAGAGGAGAACGCAGUAAGAAAAUACAUACAGGCUCCAGUUUGCUAAAGGGCGGAGCUAGACACACUGCUGUCCACUGAUUGGCUGCCAAAGAUGAAUAAGAGAGCUGAGUUAGCUUUGUAUUCUUUUUGGUCAACGGUCAAGAAGACAGAAGAGCUUAAGGACCACCUCAUGCUGCCUCUAUCAGAAGAGAAGGGCGAGAGUGCAGGUUUGAACGUUGUUGCAAACGUAGACGGUUGGACGAGUGGACAUGCUGGUGUGCAUCCACCCUCGCUGUAAAUAAGAAGACAACCACAGUCAAACAGUCAUCCCGUCCUUUCUUUAUGAUCUUGUUGCAUUCUGUCCACGUUGUCCAAACGUUGGGAUGUUUCUUUUCUUUGGUUUCAGCUGUGCUUGGACGCGCAUGCGGAAGAAGAAUACGCCAAAUGGGAGAAAUGAUUUCUUGUGUCCAUCAUUCAUGUUGUGGCCUACGAGACCAUCAACACUUGUCUUUGUUCUCCUCACAGAAGGACAAGGAGCAUCCUCUUACGUUCUUUGUUGUUUGUUACGUCUAUGUACAUCACACUGCUUUAUUUAUUUAUUGUUUUUUAUUUUAAUAUUUUUCUUAUUCUUUUUUUUAUUUUGCAUAAUGCAACUUUUUUUAACGUUUUAGCAAAGUGUUGAUCCUUCUUUGGUUGGUUGAUUUUGGGUCCAGACAGGCCCAGGCUGGUGAGGCCUCCACUUGAGCUGCUUUUGGCUUUUGUUUGGUUUUUGUCUUGAAUUUGUACAUUUGUUUUGGAUAAUUCCAAGAUGAUUUGUCCAGCAGAGUGUUUAGAUUGACAUUGGUUGUUUAGUUGUUUGAAAUGUGGUUAAUAAUAAAAUAAAAUAAAAUAAAGGGACCAAAAUGCUGAA